UGUAUGUGUUGUUAGUGUUGUGACUAUUGUUGUCAAUAUUAAUGUCAAUAUUAAUGGUAAUCACGUGCUUACGGAUCAAUACAAGUGAUGUCUGAUUUAAAGAGGACUCAGUUUGGCAACAGAUAUCUAACCGACGACAAGGAUGUCUUCGACCACAACGCUUGGUAUUAUAUGGAUGACAUUCAAUGGGAUAAUGAGUUAAUAGAGUCUAUUGAAACUAAAGUUAAGAUGAAUGCUUUGGAGCGGAUCUCAACUGAAAAGGCGGACCAAUUAGAAAGAGAUGCCAACCUAUUAUGGGAUCAGUUUUAUGACAAACACGAAACUAAUUUCUUUAAAGACAGGCAUUGGUUGUUCACUGAAUUUCCUGAACUCAAUACUACUGAAGAAACUAAAACAACUGAAAGUGAAGAAAAUUGUCAGCCAUUACACGUCCUCGAGAUUGGUUGUGGUGUCGGAAACACUGUGUUUCCUGUCCUACAAAUCAAUUCAAAUCCCAAUUUAAUGAUCUAUUGCUGUGACUUCUCGUCUACUGCCAUAUCGUUAGUCAAAUCAAAUGCAUUAUACGAUCAAAAGAGAUGCAAUGCGUUUACAUUGGACGUGACAUGUGAUGACUGGUUGGUACCGUUCCCUAAGUCGUCUCUAAACAUUAUUACAAUAAUAUUUGUAUUAUCAGCUAUUGAUCCCAAUCGAAUGCAAUCCGUAAUGACUAAAGUAGUGGAUUAUCUUAAGCCGGGAGGACUUAUUCUAUUCCGAGACUAUGGUCGAUACGAUAUGACUCAAGUGAGGUUCAAAGCUGGUCAUUGUCUUAAAGAUAAUUUCUAUGUUAGAGGAGAUGGAACAAGAGUUUACUUUUUCUCUGAAGAAGAAAUCGAUUCAAUGUUUACAAACGCUGGACUCACAAAAUGUUUUUUAAAAUCAGAUAAACGACUUCAAGUAAAUCGUGCCAAACGAGUCCGUAUGUAUAGAGUUUGGAUACAAGCAAAGUAUUGUAAAACAAUUAUUCAUAAUUGAUUUAAACAUAAUUUUUAUUUAAUAAAUUGAUAACUAAUAAAUAAAUUGCUUACAAAAGAAAAGCUGCGCUUUCAUAGAGGGCUGCCU